AUGUUGUGGGUGGGCGUCAGGGCGAUGGCAGUAAAAUUGGACGGUGCACCCGAUUUCUCAGAUAUCGGUGAAUUAGGUGAUGUAUACGAUAUCGGAUUCGGAUUAGGGAUCCAUGAGCCUCCAACAAGUAUGGCUCUCAAGAAGCAUCUUCUUCGCAGGCUCAAUUAUCAGCUGUGCCCUCAUGAGGAUUCCACAUUGGCAGAAAUGCUGGUUCGACCAGGACCCAUUCGAGCUAUAACCUCUGCAAGAUUUGGAAAAUGGGAAGGUGUGUCGGAAGAUGCAGUAGAGAAAUUACCUCGGAUUUGUAUCAAAACCAUGCAGGAUCGGGUGGUCAAACCGGAGCAACAAGAUGUAAUGAUCAAGAAGUGGCCGCCCCUGGAUGUCUACCAACUGGACUGCGAUCGCAGUCCAUUCUUCUCCGCCCCUUUCCUUCUCUCUGGUUUGCUUGUCAAGGCCUUUUCUACCCUAUGAACAAAGCUCAUAUUCAUUUUGGGCCUCAUGGCGACAUGUCCAAUCUUCCUGCCAUUCCUCUUACCUACAAAGUUGCAUUCCAAGUGCAGCAGACACCACCAGUAGUGUGUUUUUUGUAAAGUCAGUUCAGAGGUCAAAUUUGAUUCAUUUGAACUUUGUAAUUCUUGUUUUUGAAAACCAAUAAUAUCGAUUAUUUGUUGUAAUUAUAAUUAAUCGAUGGGCACUGCGAGCGUGAUUCAGAUGUGCAAGUGUGAACUGUAUUGGGAUUCUUUGUUAUGUGAAUAAACAAUCACCACUCCUAAUUUCAACU